AUGGCAUACCGUUACGAGGACGUAUCGUCCUCUUUCUUCACCUACUGGACUCCACCCGCGGGCUACAAGCUCACGUACAAUUCGGCCAAUCGCCAGCCACAGAGGAGUCAAUGGCAGGAACCAGACGAGUUCGGGCCGCCGCCAGGUGAUCCCUACGGCCAAAUGGGGCCAGGGCAAUUCCCAGGUCCGCCGCCACCUGACCCAUUCCUGGCCCAGGAUGGCUUCCCUGGCGCCGCCGGCUUCCCGCCCCAGGCCAUGCCGCCGUUCCCAGGUGGCGGCUUCGGGCAGGACGAGUUCCCGCCGUACGCACCGGAGGAGCCAAGGACCAUGUUCGGAGAGGGCGGGCCCGGAGCCUUUUCUCCUCCGCCUUUCCAACAGGCGCCGAUGAUGAACGUCGGGCCAGAACCAGACUUCUUCGACGGGUUCGAAGAGCCACUGCCGCCGCCUCCCAUGCCCAUGCCUCGAGGUCCGCCGCCCCCAAGCCCUCACACAUUCCCGCCGCCCGGCAACCCACCAUUCGUUGAGGUUGUCGACGCCGGACCGAAGCAGCAAGGCCUGAAUCACAGCGACUUCAGGACCUUCGGAGGCCCUCCGAGCCCCAGCACCGUCUUUAGCGACGGGCCAGAAAGUAACUGCGGAGAUGCUGGGGCCAGCCCCGUCUUCUACCAUCUAAAUCCAAACAAGGGUCCUCCGCCUCCGGACAUCAGGACUGUGCAUCCACGUCAGCCCGAGCCGCGCCGAUCAGAGAGUGAUUUCUCCGACGCCGUCUCUGACUAUGACUCUGAGAACGAUAUCAUCGUCGAGGAAUACGACUUUAGCGAUGACCUCGCCGACGAGGAGGUUCCGUAUCCUCAGGAUUUUCAGCGGAGGUACAAGUGA